GCUCGGGCGUAAGCACAUGUGUGAUGUCUGUUACGCUGGGGCUGUUUGCUAAUCGUGAAACUCCUGCGGCGGUUACUGGUUGCUGGAAGGCAUUUCAUAUAAACUGCGCCAAGCCUCGCAGUGAGAGGGGAGUCCGGAGUUGGUGUUGGCCUAGACGUUUGUACAAAUUGAAGUGCUUGUGUGAGAAGCACGGCGUGGGCCUGGUGGUUGCUUCGUCCUUCUGGCAGCCACCGCAAGCGGAUGUUCGGCCGGAAUGUCUACAGUUUGUGGUUGCACCAGCUAUCAGUGCUAAUGUGAAGGACUCAUCACAGCCCUCACUUGUGCCUACUAUUCCAAGCAAGUUGGCAAAAGUUGAGGGUGCCAUAGAGAAGUUACAGAAAAUAUCCGAGAGAUGAGGAACCUCCUCUUGAAAAACAGACUUACAUGCCAGGACCAUAUCCAAUCAAUGUUAACAGAAGAGAGUAAAAUUGAUGGAAGCCCCACAACCAACAAUUACUCCAAUGUUAUUCGGAACCUCGUCCAACGCCGUUGAUUUAGACGACUAAUUUAUAGCGGAAGGAAAUUUUGGUUACAGUCAUUUACAGUAAUGUCAUUGCCUGACAAAGAAGUUUUGUUCUAUAUCCAACAUUUAAUAAUGAAAUGUACUAAAUAAAAUUUAUAUAUUUUAUUUCAU